AUGUCAGCGUUUCUCCCUCAUCGUGCCUCUCCAUGGCCUUCUCCGAGACCUAUCCCGAAAGGACGCUUGGCGCAUCUCAGCUCGAUGGACAUCACUACGACUAGCGCGACUUCCUCUGUUUCUGCUGCGCUCUCUGGGCUUUCACCGAAGGAUGUUGAACUAAUAGACGGGAUCAUCGAACGAUCGCCUCCAUCGGCUACCACCUUCCUCACAGUCUUCAAGGCAUAUAAUGAAGUGCUGCAUGAACGUGGCAUGGAUGCUGCGAAUGACGUUGUUUAUUAUAAGAUUCUGCUGAAGUUGGGCGUUGUGAAGGGGAAAGACUGGGGUACGAAGUGGAAAACAGUGAAGCAGCAACAAGGAUACGGGUAUGGAAACGUGGACGCGAGCGUGGACGAGGAGAGCGAGACAUCGAGAGAUGAGAGCGUGGCUGAGGUGUCGCAACUGCUGGGUGGCAUACGAGAUGACCGUGCACAAACGCGUGAUCUUUUACCGGCUUUUCAUCGGCAUCGCGUAGGACCUAUGCGUCCUAGUUCGAGACGUCCCGUGUCGGCGUAUGGAGUUGAUUCUGUCACGGUGCAUUCGCAUCGGGACGACAGGUCGGAGAUCACACAGACGGAAACGGAGACAGACACGGGUGCGGAGACAGAAACGGUCACGGACGAUACGAUUGAACGUACAACGGACGAUCGUGAUGCUACCAGCUCGCCAACAACGCUCAUCCAGCGGGCAAGCGAUACGAAGGAAAACGCCUUACGCUUGUCCACUGAACCGCCGUCUUACCCGCCUCUUCCGACUGUCGAGCAGUUUUUACCUGUACAUGCUAGAAAUAUACGCUCGAUUCACCAUGGUAGAUCGGAACUAUCGAGCGAGGUGCAGACCCGUACUUCGACUCCGCCUCCACACAAACUUCCCCCACGAAGGCAACCCUUCCAACCCGCCAGACACCAAAACAUUAUUCCGGCGACGCGUUUACCUCCGAUAAAAGCACCAAAAAAGCAGCCAUCUCAUAGUACUAGCGUCGAUGAAGAGGACACUUGGAAAAAACUUCGAAUGAUUCGGGAUGAGAAAGAGGCAGAUAAGUUCCGAGAGGUUAUGUUAAUUGAGCGAUGCUGGGGGGUUUGGAAGGGCAGCCUGCAAUGGCUCAUUACAAUGAACGAGAAAGUUGACGAAGAGCGCGACAAGACACUCAUCCAUGAUCACCUGCAAAAGUGGCGAGUUAAGUUACACAAGAAGCGAUCCGAAUAUGACCGGAUUGGACGACGUCAUGACAAGUAUCUCCUGCGCGUUUCAUUUGCAAAAUGGAAGAGCCGAGCAGCCUCAGUGCAAGUGACAAAAUGGAAGGAGGACAUGCGCAGGCGUAUGUCACUUAUUAAAACGAAAAGGGACCAAAGAAUACGAGCAGACGUGUGGAUAAAAUGGAGGCAGGUUCAUCAGUAUGAGGUUGCUGAAUUGUACUAUGAGCGACACUUGCUCCGAAAUACGAUCCGCAAAUGGAGAGGCAGGCUCUUCAAUCUAGGAAAUCUCGAAAUCGCCGCAGACCGGUUCGGGCAGUCACUUGAGGAUGCCCAAGUAGCGCGUGUAUGGAACUUCUGGAAGCUUCAAGUUGACCUCCGCGACGUGGAGAGGGUAUUGAGAGCUCGUAUGGACGCUCGAAUAAAGGAUGGUGCAAUGCAGACAUGGAAACAGAAAAUGCUUGAAAAUCGUAAGGUAGAUGCAUACCAUGAUCGCCUUAUUAAAAAGCACUUUUAUCGCACGUGGAAGUCGUCGUUAUCCAAGCAGCGCGCUCUUAUACGCAAGGCGGACAAGUAUAAGAACCGUCAAGAUGGGAUAUUGAUUAUGGCUGUGUUUCGGAUGUGGAUGGCACGAGAGCGCGGAAUGCUUAUGGAUCGCGCCAGAGGCGGGCAGCUGUUGCACUCCGUUUGGGCGGUUUGGAAGUCGCGCCUUGCAAUUAUACGUGCAAACGAAGCCCGAGCACUGGAGUUCCGAAGUCGACCUUCAUCCGCAUUAGCCAGUGCUGCGUUGGUCCGCUGGCGUCAAACGUUGCUUGCACGUCAAAACCUGUUGUCCCAGGCCCGACAAUAUGACCACGAUGUUUUGAUCCACAGAACACUUCUUGUCUGGCGCGUGAAGCUGCGAAUCAGACUCAAGAUGGCCAAGCAUGCAAAAGUGGCAAGAAAGUACCUUUUAAUGAGGCAAGCCUGGAAUAGGUGGAAGGAGUUAGUGGAAGAAAAGAGGAGAGAAGAGAAGUUGCAAGUUUUGCAGCUGAAACUACAGAGAAAGUACUAUGAAAGAUGGCGUUCGAUAUGUGUUCGUCAACAGUACCAUCAGCUUGCAUUAAAACAACUUCAAGUUGCAAUCUCUACAAGUGUUCUGGCUAAUGCACUAAGCAAAUGGACUAACCGCGUGAUUGCGAUAAAGCUUCGAGAAUUGGAGAUUGUCGAGACACACGAUCAGAAGAUCCUGAGCCUGUGUUAUCAGAAGUGGAAAGCUGUCAGCAAGCGACACUCUGAUGAUUUGAGAUUAAUGCAGAGCUACCAAUAUGUGAAGCGGGAAGAAAUGAUGCGACGAAUGUUCUUUAAGUGGCACGCAGCCGCCAAGACCAAUCGUCAUCGUAGGAUUGUGCUUCAAGAAAGGGAAGAGGAGAUGAAGUUAAUUAUUACCGAAAGAGCGUGGGAUAAAUGGCGCGAGAGAUAUAAGGCAGAGCGCCUGCGGCCUCUAGAGUAUAAACUGGCGAUUCAACUCGAGAAGAGCCGUUUAUACCAAGUUUAUCUGAUUUGGCAUUCCAAGACACGGUCUAUUCCGGCGAUACAAUUCUUCUCUUCGCGUAGGAAGGCUAAGUUCUGGCAAAGAUGGCGUGAUACGAUGCCGAAAGCUUUGCAAGCCAGAGAAGCUCGUGAUCAUGACAAGCAAAAAGUUCUGGCGCGUGUUUUGGAUAAAUGGACACAGGCAUACAGAACAAAGAUUGCUCUUAAAGCGGUCGCACGCGCAAGAUACCUCCGUCUCCCCAGUGGUGCGCCUCGCCAGUCCCUCCCACUUUCUACUGCAUUGCAUGGAAUCCUACGUUCCACGCCUUCCAUUACGUCUGGAAAGGCUACUCGUCCAGUGAGCCCAACUCUGGGCGAUCGGUAUUCAGAACGUGCUUUGUCAGUACAAGAAGACGACUCGGCAAGCAGGGCCGGUUCCACAGGCGCUCCAAGGAGGCGCCUAUCAGCGUUACGGGCCACAAAAUUGUCAUUGGCAAGACCGGUCUAUAGUGUAGCAGAUGCUCCAAAGGAGAAUAACGCGGACGCGUACUUUCUUGUUACCUUGAGCGUUACUGCUCGAUCCUUCAUGUCCUCCACGACAGCGGUAGCUUCAGAUGGGGAUGAGUCAGAUGUAGAAGCUGAGUCAGAUGAGUCGGAUGGUAAUGGUUAUUGCAAGCGUCCUAUGACCAGAAAGAAACAAGUGCAGCGGCGUUCGUGGAUGCACACGCAAAAGAGAACGUUACGCCCUCGGCCAAUAGGCAAGACGACGUCUUCGGCUGCCAGUGCGAAGAAGCAACCAGAAGUCCGACGAGAAGCCAGCAGUGAACACAAUACUACCGAGGAGAGCGACAGUUCCGUGAUACGAUCUGAACCUCGCACAACCAGAGCUCGUAUACGUCGCAACGAACUUAAACUAAAUAACUUAAAAACAACUCCUUCCAUCUCUAGCAGGACAGUCUCGCAUGGGCAUACAAGGAAGAGGGAUAGAAGUGAAAGUCCAUUCAUCGAGCCGAGCGACGAAAAAGAGCUCUGGCGUAUGCUAGAUUUAUAUGAGGAACACACAGUAGAAUUGGCCAACUUGUACCAGGCUGCCCCUGAGAGGAUGCAUCAAUCUUCCAAACAGGCUGGACGGACUGUGAGGAGUAAUACCAAUGUUGUAGGGACAGAUUUGCCUUCACAUACAGGCGGUAGAAGGGAGAGCCUGUUUGUAAUAUCCAGCAACAAAGAAGAGCUUUUGUAUAUGCUAGAGCAAGCCAAUGAACAAAUGAAGGAACUAACGAAGAGACUAGCCAACUUGAGACAGGCUACUUCUGAAGGGACGUGUCGAUCUACUAAACACACUGGACAGUCUGCGCAGGCACGGAAGCAUUGCACAAGCCUUCCUCUGGAUGCGUUCAUUGGUGACGCUACCUUCGAAAAACACGCUGAGAUUGAACCAGCUUCAGUACAGUUAAGGAGGGAUAUCGUCAAUCGAGAACUCCAGCACUGGGAGAAAUUGAAUAAGCAUGGCAAGCAGGGUGCAGAGGAGUUGAUGAGAAAACUUGGACUAAAACUCUCGUGA